GAGCAGAGGCCGCCUCGCAGCCAGAGCCGGGGCCGGGGCCCCCGGGAGGAGCCGAGCGCAGCUCGGAGGAGCAGGAGCACGCCCGCUUGGCGCAGGAGGUGCUGCAGCACGCGCGACAGCGGCGGCUCGGCGCCGCGCUGGAGGCGCUGGAGCGGCGGCCCGCCCUGUGGGGAGCCCGGGACGGCGAAGCCCACAGCCUGCUGCACUGGGGGGCCCUCAUGGGCAAUGUCGACUUCGUCAGGUGCGGGGUCGCCAUGGGCUGCCCCGUGGACGCGCAGGCGCACAACGGGCAGACGCCGCUGAUGUGGGCGGUGCUGAAAGGGCAGCUGCCCGUCGCGCGCGCGCUGCUGGACGCGGGGGCCAACGCGCACAGGACUCCAUGGGCGCGACGCCGCUGA